AUGCCCCGCCCACCGCUGGCGUCCUCGCCGUCCGAGCCCUCGCCGCGACCUGUCCUCGGCACCUCUGCCUCGUCCUCGGUCAUCCGGUCCUCGGUUGCCGACGCGCCAACUCGCUCGCCAGCACCUGCAGUCGCCCUCGAGCCGGCCAAGGGCGGUCGACCGAGCCUCCCGAACGGCGGUGCGGCGUCCUCACCCGCCAUCGCGACGAUGAGCGGCUCGCCUUCGUCGUCCUCGGUCGGCGACCGUCUCGGCAACGGCGACCGCUCCACGACGACCGCCAGCGACAGCGCGACGACCUCCAGCACGCCCGGCAAGAGCUCGGAUGGGUUCCCGACACUCGGCGAGGUCGACCUCGCGCUGCAGGACGCGGUGCCGGCCGAGAGCGGCACGGCGGGCUCUCGCUCCACGGAGCCGCCCAGCGCACAGCCGGUCGUCGUUCGAGACAGACUUGCGCCCAAUGUGCUCGGCAUGGUGCUCGAGGCGCAGGACGGCGCCCAAGGAGGCGCACCACCGUCGCACGCGUGGUCGCCGCCGCCGCCGCCGGGUUCCGCUCUCGGCAUGAUCAUGGGCGGGCUGCCGCUCGCGCUGCAGCUCAGCAACGGCCCGUUCGACCCGACUGCGAGGAGGACGGGGAUCUGCAAGUUCUUCAACGCGUCCAAGGGCUUCGGUUUCAUCCUCGACCACAACGCGCACGAGCUGGGUAACGACGAGGUGUUUGUGCACUAUACGGUCAUCGCGGCGGUCUCGAGCGGCACCAGAGGCUUCAAGUCUCUUCUCGAGGGAGAAGCUGUCGAGUACUCUAUCGUACAAGGCCCGAAAGGCUGGCAGGCGCACAACGUCACGGGCCCGAACGGUGCUCCCUGUAUCGGCACGCCGCCCAGCGGCAUCCCCAAGCCCUCUUUGGUGCCGAGUUCGGGCAGCCCGCAGUCGAAAAGCGGCAUGCGCCGACCGUCGGUCGCCUCGAGCGCGUUCGCCUCGCCCAUGCGCAGCACUCGCCCCGACAACCUGUACGGCUCGAGCCUCGCCGAUGACAGCUCUCGCACUUCGCUCGGCUCGCCGACCUCUCGUCCGCUCCGCCUUCACAUGGGUGGCCAAGGUCCGCCCUACUCGAACGGCGGCCUGCCGCCGUCGCCGCACCUGUUUCAGCCCGUCAUCAUGGACCCGUACGGCUCGCCGAUGCAGCACCACCCGCCGCCGCUCCCCUUCCACCUCCCGCCCUUCCAGCACGACGGCGAGCAGUCGCCUCACGGCGCGCCCUACUACGGCUCGCCCGACGCCGGCGCCCUCGUGCACUCGCCGAUGGCGCCAGGGUUCGGCUCGCCGUACAGUCCGAUGCAUCCGCUCGGACCGCCGCCGCCUGGCAUGGACGCCUACCCGAUCUCGUCGUCCGCCUCUCAAGGGCCGCCCCUCUCGCCGCUCCACGCCUACCCGAGCCCGACAUCGCCCUUCUUCCUCAACGGCUACCCGAUCUCGAACUCGCCCACGUCGCCCCAGUACCCGCCGCCGCACCUCUUCUCGGGCCCGAGCCCGUACCCGGCUUACCCGGCCUUCCUGCCGGGCAUGCCCGGCCCACCGCCGCCGUCGAUGUACUUCGACCCGUCGAGUGGCCCGCCGUCAUCGCCGCCGGGCUUGAUCCAGCAGGCAUACCCGAUCUCGUCGGCCGGCGAGAGCGGCGGACCUGGCGGCGGCCCGCCCGCCCAGCCGUCGUCGGUCAAGGUCGUCGACACGCCGAGCGGCAUGGCCAUCGGCUGGGCCGAGGACGACUCGUCGCCCGUUGACGCUGGCGACGGCGGUGCGCCUGCGCUCGAGGCGGCGGCGCCAAGGACGGCCACGAAGCAGCCGGCGCCGUUGCCCGGCGCCGAGCGCCCGGCCUCGGCCUCGUCCUAG